UUUUAAAAGGCCUGGGAUGUCCCUCCGGGUUCAGUCUCCUGCCCUGGUGUGCGGCGGGGGCUGCUCCGGGAAGCGCUGGCAGCUUGCUUUACAUCUGGGGCACAUUGUGCCUUCCCGUCUUCUGUGUGUCCAGUUCUAGCCUGAUCGCGGAUCACCGAGUGAGAGCUUUUACCCUAAGGUAAAAGAAGCAAUUUCAGGGCAUGGUUUUUCUCGGACUGUGCAGCACCUUAGUCUAAUCCUAAUACAAAAAUAUGUGGGUGGGCGGGCUGCAGUGGCGCCUCCUUCAUCCCAGCAGCUGCAGAGGCUGAGGCAGGAGGAUCGUGAGUUCAAAGCCAGCCUCAGCAAUGGCCAGGCGCUAAGCAACUCAGUGAGACCCCGUCUCUCAAUAAAACACAAAAUAGGGCUGGAUGUGGCCCAGUGGUCAGGUGCCCUGAGUUCAAUCCCUGGGACCUCCCCCCUCAAAAACAUGGGUGGUGGGUGGCAGAAAGGAGGAAGGUGAAGGAGGCGGUGGCGGAGAGCCAAGAGCAAAGCCUACCGCGCGGGUAGAGGAGAGAGCGGCAGGAAGACCCUGAGCGCUGAAAACCCACCCUGUGGUUUCCGAGGACCACGUCGGAGAGCGGCAGGCGCCAACAGGCGGAAGUGGGGCGCUGCUCUGAGAAGGAGAGCUCGCAGCCUGAGAGCCAGCGUCCGUGUGUCCUGGGGAGCUCAAAGCCAAGGACAUCAGCAAAACGGACAUUAACUUCAAGUUCCCGCGGCUGCUGACAAUGUGGAGGACACUGGCGGCACCUGGCAGAGGCUGCUGUGCCCUGGUCAUCCUGAUGACAAUUGUGGACAUGCAGCCUGCUGGAGGCCUACACAUCACCAGCUCAGCUUCCCAGCACGGAGAGCAACUGACCUUCAUCUGUACGCUGUGGCACAAGAGAGAAGAAGCCGAGGGGUUCAUAGUGUUUUUGUGCAAAGACAGAUCUUGGAACUGCUCCUCUGAGGUCAGCCUGAAGCAGCUGAGACCUAAGAGGGAUCCCGAGAUGGACGAUGUCAGUGAGAAGUCCUCUCAGCUGGUGUACACCAUCAACAGAGUCACACCAGGGGACAUCGGGACGUACCAGUGCUGUGCCAGGAGCCAGAAACUGGGCUUGCACCUUCAAGGCCAUUUUUUCUCUGUUUUAGUCACAGGUGGAGCGACCCUCUCAUCAUUCCGACUCCCCUUUGAACCAGAGACAGGGAACUACACGGUGACAGGACUGAAACAGAGAACGCACCCCGAGGUCAGCCAGAGUGGAGGCGCGCUCAGCUCAGGUCUCCCACAGGAACAGCCGUGGUUCUGGCUCUUCACAAGCCUGGUGGCCUUCCGAGCUUUAUGAGCUUUGUGCCAGAAGAAACUUUUUUUAAAAAGUCAAGAAAGAUGAAUCUAACAACAGAGAAAACACAACCCAGAGAGUCGGGAGCAGUAUCUGAGGGUCGGUCGGUUCAUUCCCCGACACCCCUCCUCACUGCCAGAGUGAACCUGCCUUUUCCCCACAUUCGCACCAGUAAAUUAAAAAACAGAUUUAACAACAGUCCUCAAAUAUUGGGUAACUGUGUGUGUGUGUAUUUUACCACAGAACUUUUCUCCAUCCUCCCACAAGACCGCAAAAUAAGCAAGUCAAAAAAUUGAGAACACCAAUUUUUUUCCUGGAAGAAAUUUUUAUUUUAUACUAUAAAUGAAAGAGAGAAGAACCCAGCAAAGAUGGGUGAGAGGAGAGGCGGGCCCGACCCGACUGGCUGGGUGUGAAGGAAGGACGUGAAGACAGACGGUGCCCGGCAGCACCACACAGCGCGGCUGGGGCGGAGGCUCUGCAGACCAGGGCAGACCAUGACUGUCCAGCUCCAGCCAAGCGUUUGCCACCUUCUGUAGCCACUUCUCCCUCUUUUAACUCAACGCCCAGGGCAGCACUCGCAGUCUUUGUUUCCUAAACUCAAAACCCCCCUUGUCUUUGGAUAGAUCUCCUGCCAUGGUUAAGCAGAGGAGGGAGCAGGAUAUUUCCAAGAACUGGAACCACCCGACAAGACGGCACAUGUUUAGCUGGAGCUAAUGGCAAGUCCUCAAAAGACAGACACCUUGAGAUGACGGACCUACCAAAUGUGAGAAGUCAGGUUGUGGGCACCAAGAGAGCUAAGGCUAAAAGACAUCAGUACGAGCCUCAUUAAGGACGGUCUUGAAACUCAAAUUAAGAAUUUUGGACACUGUUAACAGGAGGAUCACAAGUUUGAGACCAGCCUCAGUAACCUAGCAAUCCCUGUCUCAAAAUAAAAUUUAAAAAAUAAUGGACUGGGGACGUAGCUGAGUGGCAGAGAGCCUCAGGAUUAAAUCCCCAGUACCCACCACACACACACACCAAAAGGUCUGUAUUUAUAUUUGGAUAUCACAUCUAUAUUUCAACUGGAUAUAGAUUUGAUAUAGCAGAUAAGGAUAAAUCGGUUUAAAAAUAUUACUGACAUCCUUUUUGUUAUAAUACUCAUCCAUCAAAAAUACUAAAACUGGGUGGGGCUGGGUUGUGGCUCAGUGGUAGAACACUUGCCUAGCACAUGAGAGGCCCUGGGUUCAUACCUCAGCACCACAUAAAAUAAAAAUGAAUAAAAUAAAGCUAUUUUUUAAAAACA